UUGCCCGUGCCUCCCCUGUCGCGGCUUCCGUGCCUCCGAGCGCCCUUUGGUGGGGGUCGCAGGAGCGGGAGGCCUCAAGUCCUGACUCCUGGGCUGCCCACGGGCUCUAGCCUCCAUCCAUGAUGUGCAUUUGAUCUCACAGUAUUAAAGAUGACUACUGCAGCAAGACCAACGUUUGAACCUGCAAGAGGAGGGAGAGGGAAAGGAGAAGGUGACUUAAGUCAGCUCUCCAAACAAUAUUCCAGCCGAGAUCUUCCCUCUCAUACUAAAAUCAAAUACAGACAAACCACCCAGGAUGCCCCUGAAGAGGUACGCAACCGUGACUUCAGGAGAGAACUGGAGGAGAGGGAGAGAGUUGUCGUGAGGGAGAAGAACAGAGACAGGCCUGCGCGAGAGCACACAACGUCCUCUUCUGUGUCUAAGAAACCCCGGCUAGAUCAGAUCCCUGCAGCUAACCUGGAUGCAGAUGAUCCUUUGACUGACGAGGAGGAUGAAGAUGAGGAUUACGAUGAAGAGAGUGACGAUGACACAGCUGCUCUUUUAGCUGAGCUAGAAAAGAUCAAGAAGGAGCGAGCUGAGGAGCAGGCCCGAAAGGAACUAGAGCAGAAAGCUGAAGAGGAGAGGAUACGGAUGGAGAACAUCCUGAGUGGGAACCCUUUGUUGAACCUCACUGGUCCAGUUCAGCCUCAGGCAAACUUCAAAGUGAAGAGGAGAUGGGACGAUGAUGUGGUCUUCAAGAACUGUGCGAAGGGAGUCGAUGAGAUGAAAAAGGACAAAAGAUUCGUCAAUGACACGCUACGGUCUGAAUUUCACAAAAAGUUCAUGGAGAAAUACAUCAAGUAGUAAUUUUCCUUUUUUUCAUUUUGAAUAUGCUAUCUCACUGGUGGACUGAAUGGAGCAAGCCUUUUCCUUCCUUGUGAAAAUCUGGCAACGAGUAGCAUUUCUCCAAGAUCGGCGCUACCCUUUUAACAUAAAAUGACCCUGCCUCUGGAAUACUUCCUUGUUCACUUUGUUUUAGCUCGGGCAGCUAAUUUCCCAGAAAUGUUUCAUUUUGUUGCUAUGAAAUUACUUGUAAUGGCAUUUCUGUAAAUGUUUUGAAAAUGGUGUACAAUAAACCCUUCGCUCUAA